UAGGACAAGUAGAAGAUGGCUAAUUUGAAAUGUAAAAUACAUUUCCCGAGGGACCUGCUCAUGAGAACAAAACAUAUUCUUCUGCGUGUAUUCCUAGCAGGUCAUGUGUUUUUUUUUAUCACCGUCAAUUAAUAAUUCAGAUGCUAUUUCAUUUAGGUUCGGUCACCCAAAAAACAGGAAAGGAGAAAAUUUAUAUAUUUCUGCACGUUGAACUUUUACCUAACGAUGAGAUCAUAAAGGUAGAGAUCAUAAAGGUAGAGUAGGCAUAAGUGCCCAUUGUAUUUUGCAGCUCUUUUAAUGAUUGCGAAUUCAAAGAAAAUACAAUAACGAUAGCAUUACCUUCGUUUAGUAAUAAUCAUACAUUAAAUUUGUUUUGUAAUAUGUCUAACCAUCUCAAUCUUCGCAAAAAGCAUCUUUAUCUCCGCUUUGGCGUGGAUGAGAAAAUCAUUAGAUUCGCUCAUGCCCCGUACCGGCCGCCCCUCCCCGCACCCUGGAUGCUGUGCGCGGAGAAACAAUCCCUUAUAUUCACAUCUUGUUUAUCAUUCCACUAUUUUUAAUCGAAGCUAAUCCUUAUUUUACACUUAAUUUGCAAAGUAGAAAUCCACUACCACAUGACGCUAAAAAAUGUUCUCAGUGAAAAGAUUCCGAUGGAGACUAAAGACGAAAGUGUUUCAAUAUUUGCGAUGUGGAGCGAAAACAAUAACUUUUUUGUUUUGGGCUGCUCUCUAUAUGGUUGUUGUGAAAAUAACGCUGUUCAAGAGCGACUCCAGCACACCGGUCGUGAGGGACUGGGCGAUGGUACCUGACAACUACACUAAGUGGCUGUUGCAGGGUCCAGUCUUAGGUGACGACACGCCUGAUGUGCCAAUAAACUUUGUGAAUGAUUACGAACCAGAUAAUGAGACUACGUUGGAGCUCCGUGAGAGAGCAGCAAAGGUACAAGCAACCUGUCGGAAAUGGAAUAUACCGACACAGUCAAUUAAUAGCAAGGAGUUCUUUGUGGACCACGCUCACAAACUUGUGUGGUGCAACAUUUUCAAAGCCGCCAGCUCCUCUUGGCUAUAUAAUUUUAAUGUGUUAGGUGGUUACGAUAAAAAGUUUUUGUCGCGAACAAGACAAGCGCCAUUGAUGCUGGCACGCAAAAAGUUUCCUCGGCCGGACGAGGUAGAACUUAGGGCUGCUGUCAACACGCCCGGUGUGACUUCCUUACUAGUUGUACGGGAACCUUUCGUACGGCUUCUGUCCGCUUACCGCGACAAGUUGGAAAGCGUCACACCUUAUUACAGAAAAAUGGCAAAAGCCAUAGUAGCAGAAAACAGAGAAGAGGCCACAAAAAUAUUUGGUCCGAUCAAAAGCUUUGGUCCAACAUUCUACGAGUUUGUCGCCUAUUUGACCAAGAAAUACAAGCGUAACGAAAAGUUAAAUUAUGACGAACAUUGGGCACCGUAUUAUCAAUUUUGUUCACCGUGUGCAGUGAAUUUCAGUUUGAUAGCCAAGGUGGAAACGCUGCCAAGAGAUUCGACUUACGUGAUUAAACAAUUGGAACUUGACCACAUGUUAGACGGCAAAAUCAGUAACCGGCGAAUGCGAAUACGAACGGUAAUGAACAAAUCCAGGGACGGCAAGAACACGACCUCCUUAUUAAAACAUUACUUUAGCCAGCUUAAUGAACAAAUGUUGAGUGACUUGUUACAGAUAUAUGGUAUAGAUUUUGAAAUGUUUGGAUAUGAUUAUACAGUUUAUAGUCGUUAUUUAAGAAAUUAAAGAGUUU